AUGUUGAACUGUGUACAAACAACUUCAUUUCACCACUUCAAGAUUGGAUUCCCUUUUAUUGCAAGAAAUGAAGCAGCUGAGUUUCGUUGUAAAUAUGGCUAUGAGAUGCCUAUUUAUGUAUUAGCAAGAUGGAUUACUGACAAAUCACAAGUUUAUACUCAACAUGCCUACAUAAGGCCACUUGGAGUAGAACAAUUCACUCCAAGCUCACCUGGAUGGCUACCUUUCAUGAGAGUUAAUCCAAUCUUGGAUUGGUCUUACAGAGAUGUGUGGGCUUUUCUUUUGACUUGCAAGGUUCCAUACUAUAGUCUAUACGACCAAGGAUAUACAUCAAUAGGAAGUGUUAAUGACACAACUCCAAAUGCAUUGUUAUGCAUUAAAGAUUUUGGUAAGGGAAAGUUCAAGCCUGCAUAUAUGCUCUCAGAUGGAAGAUUAGAAAGAGCUGCAAGAGCCAAAAAGUUACCUCAAAAAGUCAAAUAUGGAGUCAAAGGUGUGGAAUCACAUCAAGAAAACACCCCUUCAUCCUCAAUCAUAGCAGUUGGUGAUGAAAUUCUGUCUGGAAGGAUGGAGGAUGCAUUAAGACAUUUGUUGUGUAGAAAGCUUCAUUCUAUUGGUUGGAAUGUUUCCCGUAUUGUUGUUGUAUCAAGUUAUGUAGAUUAUGUAGCUCAAGAAGUUGAAAUUCAAAAGUCUACAAGUGAUAUGGUAUGCCAUUUAUUACAUGUAAAUGUGUAA